CGUCAAUAAUUUUUGACAAGUAACACGUCUGUCAUUGAUUUGACAUUUUUUUACUAAUUUUUGGUUUUAAAAUUACCUUGUUUCUUGUGAUUAGAAGAAAUUCUAAAUAUACAUUACUUGAGGAAAUUGACAAUAUAUCAAAUUAAGGAAUUCAAAACCGGGAAAUUAGUGAAAAAAGUGAAACUUCAGAAAGUACAGUCCGUAUAAAAAAUGAACACGUGGUACAGUCGAUAUAAACAAUGAAAGUUAGAAUUUUCCUAAACUGAAAAUUAAAAAAAAAAAUUUAUAAUCAUGGGAAAUUCUGGAUUAAAACAACAUUAUGAGACAGCAAAAAAAACUGGAACUUUGACACUUUCAAAAAGAAAAUUAGAUGAAUUUCCACAAAAUUUACAAGCCCUGACACCAUUGCUACGUACAUUGGAUAUUUCGGAAAAUAAAUUCCUUCAUCUUCCUGUGGAAAUAAAGGCUUUCACUUUACUCAAACAUUUGAAUAUAAGUCAUAAUAAAAUUGUCGAUUUACCCGAGGAAAUGGGUGUAUUAUUAAAACUUGAGAGUUUAAAUGCAAGUUCAAAUCAAUUGAAAAUGUUACCAUUUUCACUAUCGAAAUUAACGAAUUUAAAACAAGUUAAUCUCUCUGAUAAUUGUUUAAUGGAAUUUCCAUUAAUGUUUUGUGGUUUAAAACAUUUGGAUGUUUUGGAUGUAUCGAAGAAUAAAUUAACACACGUUCCUGAUGCGGCAUCAUCGCUUCAUGUUACUGAAUUGAAUUUAAAUCAAAAUCAUAUUUCAAUUAUUUCAAAUAAAUUAGCCGAAUGUAAAAGACUAAAAACAUUGAGACUUGAAGAAAAUUGUCUACAAAUAAAUUCAAUUCCUGCAACAAUUUUAAAAGAUUCAAAAGUUUCUGUUUUGGCACUAGAUGGAAAUCUUUUUGAAAUGAAACAAUUUGCCGAUCUUGAUGGUUAUGAAAACUACAUGGAACGUUAUACUGCUGUGAAAAAGAAAAUGUUUUAAAUUCUGAUAAUUCUCAGCCAAAAUUGCGGAUUAGAUUUUACAGAGUUUAUUUUAAAUCAAUUUUUUAAAGCAAUUGAGUUUUUAUUAAUUAAAUCCAAUGAUUAUAAAAAUUAAUUAGAAGCAUAAUAAAACAUAAUUUACAUAAGAGUAUCAAUUAGAAAUGUAUUAAUUAAAAGUAUUAAAACAUAUAUACUUUUGAUCUUUUUAACAUUUCUAUUUUUAUAUAUAUAUAUUUAUAUCAAUUUUAGAUUUUUCACAAACUCUAGAUGUUUUCUUAUAUACAGUGUAUAUGUAAAUUGUGAAUAUUAUCAAUGUACAAAGUUAUGUAAAAAUAAUGUAUUUCCUUAUACUCACAACAAAAUAUAUUAUUUAUU